GUAUAAUGAUAAUAAGGCUCUUCCACAUGGAAUUUGUUUUUAUUGGAAAAAGCAUAAACACAAUCCUCUUAUAACUCCACAACUCCAAAACUGUAAAAUCGUCAUUACCACUCUUCACUUUCUACAUGGAGCUCCAACUACCCUCUUUCCCAGUCCUCUUCUCUUUAGUUUUUGUGUUUAUGGUAAUAAACACUGUUUUAAAAAGACCUCAAACAAAAAACUCAUCUCCUAAACUACCUCCAGGACCAUGGAGACUACCAGUGGUGGGAAAUAUGCACCAGCUUAUAGGCUCUUUACCUCAUCAUUCCCUCACAGACUUAGCCAAAAAAUAUGGACCAUUCAUGUACCUCAAAGUUGGACAAGUUCCAACCAUAGUAGUUUCAUCACCAGACUAUGCUAAAGAGAUCUUGAGAACCCAUGAUGCCAUUUUUGCAAAUAGACCACGGACUCUCGCUUCACAGAUCUUGUUAUACGAUUGUACAGACAUCUUAUUUGCUCCACAAGGUGAGUACUGGAGACAACUUAGAAGGAUUUGUAUGCAAGAGCUUUUGAGCCCAGGAAGACUUCAAUCUUUUCAACCCAUUAGAGAAGAAGAGAUGAUUAAUAUGCUAGAAGUGAUAGCUUCAAAAGUUGGCUCAACUAUCAAUCUAACUCAAAUGGUCAAAACUUUGAUGUUCGGCAUCACAUCUCGAGUAGCCUUCGGCAAGAAAAGCAGUGACCAUGAAGAGUUCAUAUCAAUUGUGGAGGAGUUUUUGAAGUCUGCUGAUGGCUUUGAAUUUGCAGAGGUGUUUCCUUCUUUGAGUUUUCUUGAUUGGACCACUCGGCCUAAAUACGAGAGCCUCAAACUAAGGGCUUCGAGAAUAAUGGAAAAUAUCAUAAAGGAACAUAUUGAAGAGAAUGAAAAGUCGAUAGAGAAAAAUGGAAAAGUGGAAGACCUCGUUGAUGUUCUUUUGAAGUUUCAUAACAAUGGAGAUGUUGGCUUCACCACAACAACUGACAAUAUUAAAGCAGUAAUCUUUGAUAUCUUUAUAGCUGGGAGUGAAACAUCAGCUUUAACUGUGGACUGGGCUAUGGUAGAGAUGAUGAGACAUCCAAGGGUGAUGAAAAAGGCUCAAGAUGAGGUGAGGAAAGUCUUUGGCAAAAAAGGGUUAGUGAAUGAAACAUCAAUCAAUGAGAUGAAAUACUUAAAAUCAAUUGUUAAAGAAACUCUAAGGUUGCAUCCUCCUGCUCCUUUGUUACUUCCAAGGGAAAAUGGAGAAAAAUGUUGGAUUAAUGGUUAUGAGAUUCCAAUCAAAACCAAAGUAAUGAUAAAUGUUUGGGCGAUUGGAAGAGACCCUAGAUAUUGGAUUGAACCUGAGAGUUUUAUGCCAGAGAGAUUUAUUGAGAGCUCUGUUAACUUCAAGGGAAACAAUUUUGAGUUUAUACCAUUUGGUGGUGGAAGGAGAAUAUGUCCAGGCAUGUCAUAUGGUCUCAUCAAUGUUGAGCUUCUUCUGGCAUUGUUGCUGUACCACUUUGAUUGGAAACUACCUAAUGGAAUGAAACAUGAAGAUUUGAACAUGAUGGAGUUAUUUGGCCUUACAGUCAGUAGAAAAGAUGAUUUGAACUUGAUUCCUACCGCUUAUAUGUCAUUAAUCUCUAUAGCAAAAUCACAUAGAAUUUAGUUUGUUUUUUAUAGUUUAACAUUAGAGUUUGUUGAAUUUUUAUUUAAAGGUUAAAAUUUACAAAUAUUGUCCCUAUGUUAUCACAUCAUUAUAAUUAUUAGUAUCCAUCUAUAAAAGUAGUAA